GCCGCUAUGAAGAUCGUCGAAAUGGGAAAAUUAUUGACUGCUCCAAGACAAUUUGGAUUCUCGCCACAAAUAAACUGGAUGACAGUAUUCAUGGAUUCUGCAAUGCUAACGAAAAGACUCUUUUCUACUCGGAAGACCAAGAUGCUCAGGAUAAGGUGGUAGAGAAGUUGUGUCGUCAGCUACGCAAGGAGUUUACUGGACAUUUCGGAGCUCCUUUGAGUGGUCGAAUUACCGAAAUCAUCCCCUUCCUCGUCUUUUCGCCACAGGAGGCAGCUGUCAUUGCUCAUAGAACAUUGAUGGAUUUAGAGAACGAAAUUGCUCGACAUGUGCGUCUAGCUCUAAACAAGGAAGAGGACGUCUAUGUCGGAAACAUCAGCAUCCGUAUCAAGAAUGAUGCAACAGUAUGCUCCGCCAUCACCCGUGACGAAUACGACAAGAAGACCGGCGCCCGUAGCAUCAAUCUAGCCGUGGAGCGCAUGGUCCAGGAUCCGCUCGUUAGCCAAUACUUGAAAGAUGGUGACGAGUUUGAUGAAAACCAGCCUAUUACUUCGUUCGUCGUUGAUGUCGAUGUUGAUGGGGAGAUUGAAGUGAGACUGGUUUCAUGAGGAGGAGUAGAGAAGGAAGGCACUAAAAGGGAGAGUCACCGAAUGGACCAUAUCUGUCUAUAGAGCAGCAUCUAGAAUAUUAGUACGGGGGUUUAAAGUGUCGCCCUGAGUACUGAGCGCUUUUUUGAUAGAGACUUACAUUAGGUACCUA